UCGAUGCAUUCCCCUUCAGGGGGUGUCAGUCCGCAGCUCCUACCACCCGAUGAGACUAUUAUCCGUGCAUGAACAGUGAAUAACGUCGGAAGUACAUUAAAUUCCCGCUCCCGUUGCAACUACUGACAGAGUACCUCUGGAGCACUUCUUGACCACCAUGGAGUGUGUCCUUUUCAUCUUGCUGGUCGUCACAGUGGCCCUGGCUGUAUUCAUUUUAAAAGGAAAGAUCGAGAGGGCAUGGGCCGGCGACAGAAGUCCGCCCAGCUUGCCCUGCCUGCCCGUCAUCGGGAGUCUUCUCAGCCUGAGGAGCGAGCUCAUGCCGCACCUUCUCUUCCAGGACCUACAGAAGAAAUACGGUGCUACCUAUUCCCUUUGGAUGGGCUCCCACCAUGUGGUGGUAGUCAAUAACUAUCAGGAGGCCAAGGAGGUGCUUCUAAAGAAAGGCAAAACCUUUGCCGGCAGAGCCAGAACUGUGACCACAGACCUGCUGACAAGGGAUGGCAAGGACAUUGCCUUCGCCAAUUACAGCCCCACCUGGAAGUUUCAUCGCAAGAUGGUGCACGCCGCACUGAACAUGUUCGGAGAGGGAUCCGCCCCUGUUGAGAAGAUCAUCUGCAGGGAGGCCAGUUCCAUGUGUCAGACGCUGGUGGAUCUGCAGGGCACUGCCCUCGACCUGGCGCCCGAACUGACCCGGGCUGUGACCAAUGUGGUGUGUUCGCUCUGCUUCAGCAACUCCUACCAGCGUGGGGACCCUGAAUUUGAAGCCAUGCUCAAAUACAGCCAAGGUAUUGUAGACACUGUGGCUAAAGACAGCCUGGUGGACAUCUUCCCCUGGUUACAGAUAUUCCCCAAUGAAGACCUUAAGAUUCUGAAGCAGUGCAUCGCAGUUCGAGACGACCUGCUGCAGAAGAAGUACGAUGAACACAAGGCUAGCUACAACGAUGGCACACAACGGGACCUGCUGGACGCCCUGCUGCGGGCCAAACGCAGCUCAGAGAACAACAACACUCUAGCCCAUGAUGUGGGACUGACUGACGACCACUUGCUCAUGACAGUGGGUGACAUCUUUGGGGCUGGGGUGGAAACGACCACCACUGUGCUGAAAUGGGCCAUAGCCUAUCUCAUUCACCACCCACAGGUGCAGAAGAAGGUCCAGGAGGAGCUAGACAGUAAGAUUGGGAUGGACAGGCACCCCACGCUGAGCGACAGAGGGAACCUGCCCUACCUGGAAGCCACUAUAAGAGAAGUUCUCAGAAUCCGACCUGUGUCUCCUCUCCUCAUCCCACAUGUGGCCCUCUCAGACACCAGGUAUCUCCUGAUCCACAGGCAGCAAAAAAAAAAAAAACAAUCAUCAAGCAAGGAAUCUGACUUGUCCUGAUGGGAGGAACAUCAAAUCUUUUCCAAAGUAUGACUGAUGCCCCUGUCCCCCGCCCACAAAAGGCAAAACUGGCACAAUAUCAGCACUUUA